GUUAGAAAGAGGAAAGUGUUCGAUGACCUAUGCUCCUAUCUGGGGGGAAGGGGAUGCGCUUAAGUAAUUUGAAAAAGUAAGUUUGUAAAUAUUGAGAAAGCAAUUCAAACGGAAACUAAAAAUAUUUUUUCCCGGACCCAGACCCUACUCAUUAAGUAAAACGAAAUAAGGUGAGGUCCCUGGGGUCCCUGUGGAGAAACGCUGAUGUCCGUCAUCCUUAAAUAAUCGAAGGUUUCGUAGCCUCAGUGUGUUUAAAGCCCCAUUAUUAGGAAAGCAACAUGGGCAAAUACGAACAAGAAUUAACUUCGGCAUGUUUUCAAGUGCCCUGGGGCGUCAUUGAAGCAAAAUGUUGGGGAAGCGAGUCAGGUAAACCAUUCAUUGGUCUACAUGGAUGGCUUGAUAAUGCCAAUACCUUUGAUAAACUAGCCCCAUUAUUGCCCAAAGACACGUAUUUAGUUGUCAUUGAUUUCCCUGGCCACGGCAGAUCGUCUCUGAGACCACCUGGGGUACCGUAUACGUUCCUUGACUGGGUGAUCGACGUAAAGAGAGUCAUUACACAAUUAAAAUGGACAAGAUUUUCCCUAAUUGGGCACAGUAUGGGGGCUGGUGUUGCAGCCUUGUAUAGUGGUGUAUUUCCAGAUGAAAUAGAAAAACUGAUCUUACUGGAAUACAGGGGCCCUUCUGUAGCUGAAGAGAAAGAUGCGUCCUCUUUUCUAGUUGCCUUUACAAAGAAUAUCAUCUCGAAUCAGUUAAAAAACAAUUUCAAAGUUUUCCCAGAUGUAAAAUCUGUGAUGCAUAAAAUUCUUCAAGCAAAUCCAGAGUUAACUGAAGAGUCAGCCCGAAUACUUACAGAACGGAAAGUUCACGAAGUUGAUGGUGUUGUUGCCUUGAGGACGGAACCUCGCUUAAGACUUGCUCGGGGAAGAGAUGUAUGUGGAAACUACUUAGUCCUUACCCAGUCCUUGGUGAUUUCCGUCAUUUCCCAUAUCAAAUGCCCAGUUCUUGUAGUGAGAGGUUUGAAGUGCAAUCCUCUGUUUCGAUUUCAAGAUGAAUACAUGAGAGAACGCUUCAACAUUAUGAAGAAAAGUGCAAGUUUUUAUGAAUAUUGGGAAGUGGAUGGGAAUCACUGUGUUCAUUUGAAUAAUGCUGGUAUUGUUGCUGAAAAGAUAAACAAUUUUUUGAUAAGAUGUGACAUUUCGAAAAGUAAACUUUAGAAACUUUUACAGAAGGCAUGCAGAUAUAUAAUAGAUAGAUUUUUUUACCCUAUAAAUGUAAAUUUUCUCAAAAACUCUUUCUAGAUAUAUAAUAAGAAUAAUAUAUAUUUAACAAAUUUACCUCAAUUUGUUGUGUCUGUCCUCUUUUUGAUGAUACAUUUUGUCAAAGUACUAGUGUGGAUCCACAAUCUGCAUACAACUUUGACAACGUGAUGACAAAAUUUAUGGUCAAUAAGUUAUAAAUAAUGGUCAAUAAAUGGUUAUAUAUAUUU